CAAAAUUGGCGGUAUAUAUGUACCUAUUUAUGAGAGUGCCUUGUAAAGUAGUGUUUAUGUACUAUUUUCUUCCAAGCCAGGACAAUAAAUGAUAGAAAAUAUAGAUAUCUUUCUACAGAUAGAAAAAUGUACAAUGUAAUAGAAAUUAUACUGUUUUGAUAUUUAGUAUCAAACUAAAUAUAGUAUAAUAGAAUAUUACGAUUAAUACGAUAAAAUUUGUUAAAAAAAAAUUAAAAGAUCCCGAUAAAAAAUUAAAAUGACUACCAGAUUAAAUAAAUGUUCAGAACAUGAGAUAAUAAUGAUUCUUGAUACAGAAUCAGAUUCUGAUAAAGAGCAAAAACCAUGUGGUAAUAUUAUUCCAGCUAAAGUACAAAGAAACAGAAAUAAGAAUCUACAAAAUGUAAUACAAAACCUGUUGGAUACAUCUUCAGAUACAGAGAAUGUGUUCAAAAAUUUUAAGUAUAAGUUGCCAAGAAAUAGUGUUUCUCAUAAAGAAAAAGUAUCUCUUAGAAUUAAACUUAGAAGAUCUACGGAGCAAAGUUUGUAUAAGAUUGAUACAGACUCCGAGUAUGAAAAGACUACCUGUAAAUCUCAUAGCCGAAUUCAAAGGCAGAGAAAGAAAAGUUAUUCAGAGGUAGAAAGUGAAGGUUCCUUUACUGAUGAUAAAAACAAUACUACAAAAAAUAAGACGAGCGAUGACAACAAACACGAAGAAAAUGAGAAUGACUUAUCAAGGAGAAAUAGAAAUAGAAAGCCACCUUUAAGAUUUUCUCAUUACCAUUGCGAGAUACUACCUAAUUUGAAUUCUCCAUCUUUAAGAGGUAGGAAAAAUAUCAAUUACGAUGAAGAUAAGUUGUUUAUUAAUUCUAUUGAGUCUAACAUGAAUACCCAAAACAAAAUGUUAAAGCAACAAAGAAAGGAAACUUCAAAUAGAUCCAUUAGAAGACAGAAUGUACAAGCUAAGCCUAUAUGCCCCAAAGUAAAAACUAAUAAAAGAAACCGUAUUCCAUCUAUAGAAGAUGAAGAAAAUGAUAGUAGUGCAGAUAUUAAAAUAUCAAAGGCAAAGUCGCCAAAAAAAUCUAAUAACUCUGAAAAUGGGAGUAAACUGAAUCAUGAUUCCAUAAGAAAUGAGGAAAACAAUAUUAAUUCAGAUUCUAAAAUAUUAAAUGCAAAGUUACUGAAAAAAUCUAAUAGCUCUGAAGGCAAAAAUAGAAAUAAAUUGGAUCAUGUCCUCAUGAAAGAUGAGGAAAAUGAUACAGAUUCUAAAAUACCUAACAUGAAAUUAACCAGAAAAUCUAAUAAAUUUGAAAGUAGCAAUAGUAAAUUGGAUGUUUCAAAAGUACAUAAAACGACGAAGAAGCAAGAUUCAUUGACAUCAGUAUCUAUAAGUAGCACACCUGUCAAAUCUAAACAGAAAAGAAUAAUUUGUGGAAACAUACCAAAACAGAUUGAAUCUAUUAAUAGUAAUGAUAGUAGUAGUGAAGGAGAAUGUUUAGCUGAUUUAUAUAAACGUAUUAAAAUUUCAUCAGCAAUUAAAAACUCUAACUCUAAUAACUCUCCUAACUCUACACCUAUUAAAAUGAAUAAACAAAAGGGUGUAAUUUUUAAAGAAACAUUAACAAAGUCUGACAAAGUCCAGUCUGACAGUAAGAACAACAAUGACGCAGAGGAUGAAUAUUUAUGUGACAUGUAUAAAUGUAUUAAAAUUUCAUCUGCAAAGAUUUUAACCCCUCAAACGAAAAGUAAUAUGCAGAAAAGCAUUGAACUAGAUCUAGAAAAAACUCAUCUGAGCACUCCGAAAUCUCGUCCAAAAUACAGUAAUUUAACACCGUCAUUGGUAAAACGAAAUAGUGCUCUAAUAAAACCAACUACACCAUUACAGGAGGCUAGAUCUAAAUUACAUGUUAGCGUUGUACCAAAAUCUUUACCCUGUAGGGAGGAAGAGUUUAAUAAUAUUUUUACGUUUCUUAGAGGAAAAUUAGAAGAUAAAAGUGGAGGAUGCAUAUACAUAAGCGGAGUGCCAGGAACAGGUAAAACUGCAACUGUGAAUGAAGCUAUUAGGUGUCUGCAAAAGUUGAUACUUAAAGGUCAGUUAGAUGAUUUUAACUAUAUUGCAAUUAAUGGGAUGAAACUAACUGAACCAAGACAAGCUUAUGUGCAAAUUUUAAAGCAGCUGGAUGGUAAAACAGCUACAUGGGAACAAGCGUAUCAUAUAUUGGACAAAAGAUUUCAUAGCGGCAUUUCUAAAAUGACGUUGCUUCUUGUAGAUGAACUUGACCUGUUGUGUACAAAACGUCAAGAUGUUGUUUACAAUUUAUUAAAUUGGCCAACAAAAUCAGAGGCGCAGUUAGUUGUUAUCACCAUAGCCAAUACUAUGGAUUUACCUGAAAGGGUUUUCAUGGGUCGUAUAACAUCACGUUUAGGUUUAACACGACUAACUUUUCAACCUUAUAAUUACAAACAACUGCAGGAAAUCGUCGUAUCUCGACUUAAAGGUUUCGAUGGUUUUAGGAAUGAAGCUGUACAGCUUGUUGCACGAAAAGUUUCUGCUGUAUCUGGAGAUGCCAGACGAGCUUUGGAUAUAUGUCGUCGCGCUAUGGAAAUCACAGAGUUGCGAAACGGCGAGACAAUCUCUCUUCAAGAUGUGUCGGAGGCUAUAUCUGAAAUGAUUGCAUCGGCAAAAGUUCAGGCUAUAAAACACUGUUCAGAAAUGGAAAAAAUAUUUUUACAAGCGGUGUCUGCAGAAGUCACGCGAACUUCGAUCGAAGAAGUAUAUUUUAAAGAUGCGUACAAACAAGUUGAAUCGUUGUGUUCAUUUGAUGGUAUUGAAAUCCCCACUAUAACGGAAAUACUUGCAGUUUGUGGAAGAUUAGGUUCUAAUAGAUUGUUAAUAUGUGAACAUUCGAGGAGCGAUAUAUAUCAAAAGAUUUUAUUGAACGUUUCUACGGAUGAUAUUCACUAUGCAACUCAGGAAUUAAAUUUAAAUUUAAAAUAGAUCAUAAUUUUUUAAAUAAAUGAAUGUAUGAAGCGUGUAUGUGUAUGUGCGCAUGUGCCUUAAAAAAAAUAUCUUAGAAAGUGCCUUAGUACAUGAGGUAAUUUAUCAAAUUUUUAAUCUUUUAUUAUCAUUGAGUUUUGUAAUAUAGAUUAUUUAUUAUUAAAUCGAAUUAUACGUAUAAAACAUACUGAGUGAUCGGUAUCAUUAUUGACAUCAUAUUAUAUAAGUAUAUCGAUAUAUCAUAAAUACAUAUUAUCGAAUUACGUAAUUUAAGAAUCUCUGCAAAUUUUACGGGCUAUUAAUAACCAAUGAGAGGCAUAAUCAUGGUUAAUGAAAAUAUCGACAAGCAAAUUUUAACGUUUCAUAGUGAACAAAAAUGGUUGGAUAUUGUUAAUUUGAACUGUACUUUGACUAAAUUAAAUAAAAGCAGAUUAUUUUGGGUGCUACCGACUAUUAAUGAUUUGCAUUGGAUGAAAGAAGUAAUUGAUAAACAAAAUGUGGCUGGAUUAGUAAGCAUAGGAUGUGGUUGUGGUUUAUUUGAAUGGUUAUUUGAAGAAUAUUCCGGUUUGAACGUGAUCGGUGUAGAAUUAGAUCGCUCUUGGUGGUGUAGCAAAUAUUCACCGCCGUUGUUUCUAAAAAAUAUCGUUUUCAUUCAUGAAAACAACAAAGACAAUUCUUUUCUGUUGAAUGAAUAUGCCCUUCUAUUUUGUUAUUUUAACAACGCGGCAGCAUUCCGCAAUUAUGUCGAAAAUUAUAAAGGGAGUCUUAUUUUUGUUAUUGGACCAAAAUUAAACGAAGAUCGUUGGACGGAUCCAAUGCCAUUUGACAAAAAGUUCGAUGAAUAUGGUUGGAAAUUAAUUGGUAAAAAAGAGAUGGAACGUACAAACGACUAUAUUGCAGUAUAUAAUAAGUGAUUGAAAAAAGGACAAAAAUUUGAAAAACACGCUGAUUUAAUUACUUAUAAAAAAAAUUUAUUUUAAAUUAAUGAUUGGCGAUAAAUUUUAAAACACGUAUAUCGUGAAACGUGAAAUAUCGGCAAGUUAGAAGGUAAAAUAUUUUUAAAAAAGAUCAGAAGCAAGUUUGGCGCAUUGCUUUGAAGCUAUCUUCGAUAAAACGAAAUUUGAUCGUUCGACUAUCGAAAUGUCAUUGAGUUAGUGUUUCUGACAUGAUAAUAGAUCGCAGUCCGACUAGUGCUUUUUGUUUGUUAAGUGUCAACAACAUUAAUAUCAAACAGUUGUGUGACUAAUAUUCACAAACGUCAAACGUCUAAAAUAGAAAAAUAUGACUACGAACGAGGAUAUUAGCACGUUAAAGGACCAAGAUGAAAGGAACAAGCUGAAAGUUUACUGCACAUUUUGCCCGUCAAAAAUGCUUAAUGCUGGUGUAGCCCGGCUAGUCAAUAUCGAGUUUAAUCUACCCUAUAUCCAACGUAAAGGAGAGGGUGAAGCCGAUCAACAGGAACUAAUAACUGAUUACUGGUUGGUGGAGGACAUGUAUACAUUUGAAAACAUUGGUGUUUCACACACAGUAGACAACGUAAAGUAUCUAGCGUGCGCGGAUUGCGAAAGGGGUCCAGUGGGUUGGCACGAUUUAUCUACAAGGAAAUCAUACAUUGCAUUAAGUAGAGUUAAGCACGAAUGAUGUAUACUAAAUAAAUUUGUUUUCUAAUUUUAUAUAAAAGGUGGCCUAAUUUCUUUUUAUCUCGAAGGAUUUGUCACGAAACAGAAAGAAGAAAAAUAGAGAGAGAUGUUCAGCUUUCGAAGUCUGUUAACAAGAUAGAAAUGAAGAGAAAUUGAGAAGCUCGAAGGUAGCCAGCUUUCAAAAAAGAACGACGUUGCUAUUUAAGUUGAUAAUUUAAUACUUAAUCACGUACGUUACAAACACAGCCGAUAAAUCAGAUAAUCAAUCGUCGUUACGAUAUAAUAAUUCAUAAGUUUACGCUUACGAUUAAAAACGACUUUAAUAAUGCACGUAUCAAGCGUGCAUUCGCAUGAUUUUAUCGUAAUAAUGCAUUGAUGUUUUAUAUCAUUGCGGUCGCCUGAUCGCAAAAAUGAUUAUUCAUUGUGCAUAUUGGCAUAAUUAUUUUACGUAAUGCGUUGGUAAUGCGUGAAUAAUAUCUACGUGUACGCAUUCGUUUG